AUGGAGACGGCGGCCGCCUUCUUUGAGUCGCGCCGCUACGCCAGCAUGCUUGGCGCCACGACUGAGUUUGAGAAGCAGGAGGGCAUCGCCGUCAGCCAGCGCCACAACAAGCUGUGGUUCACGACCAGCGCCAUCCGCAACGGCAUGACCAACUCGGCAGCGUACAACUUCUUGCGCAAUGACAUUGACCUCCCCCAGAACCUUUGCGGUGGGGUGAUGGAGGUUGAUCUGGACAAGACGUGGUCAGGCAACAAGAUCAGGAUGCUGCUGACUGGUGACACCACCGCCAACACCAACGCCAACAACACAUGCAACCUCAACAACAUCUCCGAGCCUGACAACCUGUUCUACGUGGCCGGCAACCUGCUGAUCCAGGAGGACACCGGCCGCCACGAGAACAAUGUGCUCUGGGCGUACAAUGUUGACAGCGGCAGCCUUACGCGUGUGCUGUCUUCCCCGCGCCUUGCUGAGGUGUCGGGCCUGUGGUCCAACGUCAUCAAGAACUUCGGCUACCUGACCAUGGCCUUCCAGCACCCCGAGGAGGACCUGCCCAGCACCUCCGCCGCCGUUGUCGAGUCGCAGCGCGGUUACAUGGGCUACCUGGGCCCCAUCCCCAGCAAGUACCUGAACGACAAGUACACCCUGACUUUCACAGCUAUCCCCGCAGCCGUGACGCCCGCUGAGAAGAGCGCGGUGGUUGCGAGCGCCAAGGUGUGCAUCACGAAGGCCACCAAGCUCACCACCAAGAGUGGCCGCCGCCAUUGA